CGCGCGAUCAUGUGACAGUAAUGUAGUAACGCGCUCGCGCAGGAGAGAAGCAGCGCGAGAGCAGCGGGUUAAAUCCCACACUUUAUCACUUACACACACACACACACACACGGAGGACCGACGCGCUGGAGUCCACAGGUUCUGACCAGGAAUGGUGGAUCGCUUGUCAGUGGAUGAAGAAACGUUCCUUCCGUACGGUUCCUCUUUGCCAGUCCACCACCUGUCGGACAUGGUGAGGGACGAGCGGGUCUACCAGGUGCUUCCCUCUCCAUUCUCCGAGGAUGAGCUAAGUGACUCUUCCAGCUCCAGUUCGCGUUCCUGCUCCAGCCCCGAGUCUCAGGUUCUGAGCUCCAGGUGCAGCAGCAGCUCAAGCAGCGAGAGCCAAGAUGGUCUCCUGGACUUCCUCCUCUCUCAGAGCCAAAUGUCUUCCACCUCGGUGCUAACUCCUGCCAUGGUUCCUCCUGUCCUCCCCAUGGGUCUGGCCUGGGAGUCUCGCAGGGAUCGGACCACCAAAGAGGAAUGCUUUGAGUUUCCUGUAUUUCCUGGAGAUCUGGAGGAAGGGCUUCUCUUUCAACCCACACUGGAGGAGAUCGAGGAGUUUCUGGAGGAGAACAUGGAUGUUGUAGCGUUAAAGGAGAAAGCUGAAACAACUCAAAACACAUCAGAAACGAAGACACAAGACCAAACAGUGCCUGUAUCCAGCAUGACGGAGAUGAACGAGCUCAAGCCUAAGAGUGUCCAGUCUUCUGCUGGACUCGCUACAGCCUCUCAGACUGCGGUGAAGAAGGAGCCGAUCUCCGGGAAGGCAGUCGCGAUGGAGAGCUCAGGGACGCCAGUGUUCCUACAGAUCCAGCCCAUUCCCAUCAAACAGGAACCAGAUCCGAAUCAAACACCCACGUCUCAGUCGCCGACGCACACCCCGGACAUCAAAAUCGCCCAGCUCCUGGUCAACAUCCAGGGGCAGACUUUUGCUCUGGUUCCUCAAGUGGUUCCACCAGCUAGCCUCAGCAGCACUUCCUCCAAAUUCGUCCGCAUCGCUCCUGUCCCCAUCGCAGCCAAACCUUCAGGACAUGUGGAGAAUGUGGCCGGCGGAACACAGGGAGCAGGACUCCUCGUCGGGAGUCAGAAAUUCCAGAAGAGCUCCGUAGCUGAUCUGAUUAAAAUGCACAAGUGCACUUUUCCAGGUUGUGCCAAGAUGUACACCAAGAGCAGUCACCUGAAAGCUCAUCUGAGGAGACACACGGGGGAGAAACCGUUCGCCUGCACGUGGCCAGGAUGCGCCUGGAGGUUCUCGAGGUCAGACGAGUUGUCCCGUCACAGACGCUCACACUCCGGAGUGAAACCGUAUCAGUGUCACGUCUGUGAGAAGAAAUUCGCCCGCAGUGAUCACCUGUCCAAACACGUCAAAGUCCACCGCUUUCCACGAAACAGCAGGACGACACGCUCUACACACUGACCUUACACAACCCUGUCUCUCUCACACACACACACACACACACACACACAGAUGAGGAGAAAUUCUCAGUGGUGGUGCUGUGAUAUUUAUUGGAGAUGAACUGAAGCGUGUUACUUGACGGAUCUUUGUCAUCGGCCCUGUAGAGAACAUGUUUGUAGAAUUUUUUGUUUUAAUAGUUUAUCAGUUUUCUUUUCACAGUUUAUCAGCGAAAGUCACAUCACGGUUUAUGGAAAGUAUAUAUUUUACUCAGAGCUGUGACUCACUGUUGAUGUUUCUGCCUAAAGGAUCGCUAAAGCAUCAACAUUCCUGAUCAUUAUCACGCAUUAUAACAUUUUCCACGCGGUAAUUCUGCAAAGCCAAAAAACAUAAGUUCAUCUCAGCUACUGAUCGGAAUCAGGACUACGUCGUCGUGAUAUAAGCUACACGGAGCUAACGGCGCUUUAACACCAGACAGCGGCUUCACAUCGGCACGGUUGUACCUGUGAAAGUGGGCGGAGCUUCUCAGGAAAGGUGUAACAUAGAGACCUAGUGAUGAGGACAAUUAUUAAAAUUAAAAAAUUUAGAUAAAGGCAGAGUGUGUGUGUUUGCGUGUGUGUGUGUUUGCGUGUGUGUUUCCAUAUAAAAUAUUAAACACGAGGUGAGUUUGUCUUGAUGGCAGCAACCCAAAUGAGGUCAGGGUGCCAAUACUUUAAUCUUUAGUGAAAAUGCAGCAUAGUUUGACUUUUGUUAAACUUUAUUAGAUAACAUUAAAAUACAGUAAACACACACACACACACACACAUAUUUUCCCAUCUGAGUCUCUAACCGUGUUCUCGAGUUCUUCAUAAGAACAUGGUUAUGCAGCAUGUAGUGAGCGGAUGUAGUGAACAGCAGCCUGGUGUUAGCAGAGCUUACGUGGAUCAUGGGGUAAAAAAAGCGCUAAAUAUCCGCAAGAGGAAAUUGUUCCUGUCAAAUUUAAAAAAAUAAAAUCAAAAACAUUAAAUGUGACGAUUAAUCAUGUAGAAAAAUAAGAUUAUAAAAGAGAGAUAAAGGUGAGACACUCAGUCCACUGCUCAGUCACUCAUCACAUUAUUAUAAUCUGACCAAUCAGUGAUCUCCAAGCAUUAGCUCCGCCUACAUUCAGCACACAUCCUCAGUUACAGUACGACUCAUUAAUGGGGGGAAAACGCUGUGCUGAGGGAUUGUGGGUAAUUCAUCGAGUCAAGCUGUUUGGUGUAAAAGCGCUGUUUAUGUUCUGUUGCUUGAAAACUGUGAUUAAGUUAAAAUUGUCUGUGAGGAAACGAGUUAUAAACGAGAUAUAAACGAGUUAUAAAAAGAUAUAAACAAGUUAUAAACGAGAUAUAAACAUUAUAAAUGAAUUAGAGUCAGAGAACAGGGUGUAAACUCAUUAACAGUCAAACACGCACAGGGAUCACAGCUAAUAUGUGAGCAGCUGGCCUUCUGAUCAGUAUUAAGUGUUAAUGUUUCUCUCAUUUUUAUUUUCAAAUCACAAUUUUUCUUUAUUUUUUGUUCUUUUCUUUGUUUUUGUGAAAAUGUGAGCGAGCCUUUAUCGCAGGUUAAUGUUCCUAAUCAGGGCCAAUGUGGAACUUUUCCAGCUCUUAUUUUUACACACUGAUUAGUGUGUGUGUGUGUGUGUGUGUGUGUGUGUUGUUAGCGACGCUCUGUAUUACUGUCGUUCGGUGCUUAGCAUCUCAGCGUCCCCGCACUCAGAGAUCUGAUCUAAUGAACUCCGGCUCCACAUCAUCCUGAGACCCGGCGGUUCUGGACCUGUACAGAACUGUAAGGUUCUCCUGUGCUGGAGCUCAGGACUGGGUUCUGGGUUCUGGGUUCUGGUUCUACAGAGCUGUGUGCUGUUGGGAGCGUGGUCUCGGACACACCUGCAGGGUUCGGCGAGGACGUUCUCAGUGGGAACUCCGGUCACGGUCACAGCUGGACUAAUGAUACGAUACGGCACGCUGAGGGUCUCGGUACUCGCCUGCUGUGUGACUCGCUGCUAACGGAGAACUUUACUGAAUUAUUACUGAGAAUGUGGAACUUUUCACCGUGUCUCUGUGCCAAAGUUAAACCCUGGACUCUUUAGAACAGGCAGAACUGUGUGUUAGUGCAGACUGUAUAUAACAGCUGCAACUGUGUGUUGCAUAGAAAGAUAGUGAGGAUCAGCUUACACACACACACACACACACACACACGCACACACACAUACACACACAUACGCAUACAUGCACGUAUACACACACACACACACACACAUACACAGAGGGACAUCUCAGCACCUGUUAAACAUGUUACAGCACCGACACACAGCUCAGGAUCUUAUUUCACUGCACAAAGUACCAGAACUUCCGGUACCAAGUACCAGCACACAGUAUCAGAACUUCUGGUGCGUUUCCUACCACCGACUCAGCACCACAGGUUCCAGUUUUUUGGAUGGUGAAAGGGUUCUACCAGGAAGUGGAUCCUAGGUAACGGUACUUGGGGGCGGAGCUAACUCAGCGCUCUGCUGAGGGAGCAGUAUGGAGGACGAAUUUGAGUUUGAUAAAAAAUAACCAGGUCAAUCUGACCACAUGGGCCAAGUUAGAUUAAUCAUGUUAACUAUGCAGCGAAAUGAUGACAGAAAAAUGUUCCAGUUUCUCAGAUUGGUGGAAAAAGAGCUAGAACCCCAAACACAUGGUAGAGUUCAGACAGGGAGCCAAAACUUUUACAUUCCUCCUGAUGGACAUGAAACAUUUCUGAUAUGAUGAUGAUGAGUUGGAUUCUACUCGCUGAUGAAUGUAUGUACAUGAAAACACACACACACACUCACACACACAUACACACACACACACACACAUACACACACACACAAUGUACAGAACCGAGUUCCAUCAGAAACACACUCAGCUCCGAUUCUGUACAUUUUCACAGUAAUAAUGUAAACAGUGUAAAUAAUAGCAAGUAAAAAUGUAUAUUAUAUAUAAAUAUAUAUUUUCUUGUUGUUCAUAAAAUAUAUUUACAAAUAAAAUGGAAAAGAGCUUUUAAGAAGUUGAAUUAUUACGAUGUGAACGUCACUGAUCUCUUUACACACAUCACAACCAUCACAAAGAUCACACAGCAAAGAGACGUUUAAUCAGAUCAAAUCAAACCACAUCAGAUCAAAUCAGAUCAAAUCAGAUCAAAUCAAACCACAUCAGAUCAGAUCAAAUCAAACCACAUCAGAUCAAAUCAGAUCAAAUCAGAUCAAAUCAAACCACAUCAGAUCAAAUAGGAUUUUAAAUUGAUCAGAUUAAACUCUAGUGAUCUGCACCUUUAAUAUAUGAAGUCAGGAUUAAUCUA